AUGAUCCUGUUCGACAAGGUGCCGCUACCACAGUAUGUCAGCAACCUUUGGCAGAGGGAAAUUGAAUGGGAGGAACAGCACCCCGAUUAUCGCUGCUUGCGUGGCGCCGUACACGUAGUGAAUGCUGCUAAAUUUCUGUUAUGGCUUGACAUCAUUGCGAUACCACUCUACAUGCUUUUCCUCUUUCCAUGGUGGAUUUUCUGGAUUGGACCGCAUUUAAUCAUUAUAAUCUUUACACUUUAUGCUUUGAAGAAGGAGAAGCACAGAUGGAUGUGGCCAAUGAACCUCUAUGCAUUUCAAUUUGGUUUGUGGGCCAUUGUGACAGUAAUAAAACUGAUUAUUUCUAUAUUUAACACAGAUGCAUAUUUGGAGUUUUAUGGUCAAGGUGGGCCAUAUUUGGUUGAAAAUUAUUGUUCAUUUUAA